AGAGCCUCCAACUGCUUUGAUUUGCUAUCACGUGGUUAGUAAUGCGCGAUCCGAGUCAGUCGAGUCAGUAUCGUUGGGUACAAGAGUAGAAAAUAACCGAACGCGACCAGACAGCUGUGACGUCACCACAGGGGUGACUGCUGCUGCUGUCUCGUAUUCAGUUGUUUAUCAGGUGUUGGGAUUUCGCAGGAGGCGACCGAGCCGUCUGGACCAACAAAAAUACAAAACAAAGUAGAUGCAGUCUCGUACGCGUAGCCGCGCUCUAAUUUGAUGCCCCUAAGCCACAUAUCUGACAUUGCCAAGCAUGUCAGAAUCCUACGAUUACCUCUUCAAGUUUCUAGUCAUCGGCAGUGCUGGCACGGGCAAGUCCUGCCUCCUGCACCAGUUCAUUGAGAACAAGUUCAAGGCGGAGUCCAACCACACGAUUGGAGUGGAGUUUGGAUCCAAGGUGGUGAACGUCGGGGGACGGUCAGUGAAGCUCCAGAUCUGGGACACGGCUGGUCAGGAGCGAUUCAGGUCUGUGACCAGGAGCUACUACCGAGGAGCUGCGGGAGCAUUGCUUGUGUACGACAUCACCAGCCGUGAGACAUACAAUGCGCUGACCAACUGGCUGACGGAUGCGCGCACCCUGGCAAGCCCCAACAUCGUCAUCCUGCUGGUCGGAAACAAGAAGGACCUGGAAGACGACCGAGAGGUCACCUUCCUCGAGGCCAGCCGCUUCGCCCAGGAAAACGAGCUCAUGUUUCUGGAGACCAGUGCCCUGACCGGGGAGAACGUGGAGGAGGCCUUUCUCAAGUGCGCCAAAACGAUACUGGCCAAGAUAGAAUCGGGAGAGCUGGAUCCUGAGCGCAUUGGUUCCGGCAUCCAGUACGGUGAGGCGACCCUGCGGAAGCUGAACCGCACCCAGCAGCAAAGGCGUGCCCCCGCCGAUUGCGCUUGCUGAUUGAACCUAGACCGCCUGGACGUCGGGCUGAGUCCGGCAGGACACCGGCCCAGCGUCGGUCAAGCAUCGGGUCUACGUCGUCGCGAAAUAUCUGCUUCCUCCUCCCUCGGGGACAUACCCUUCCUUUGCGUGUUCUGGUUUCAUCGCUAUCUUUUUUUCGUUGAAGUAAUCCCUUUGUUUGAGCUAGGAUUUUUUUUUUUUGGCAAUGCAGACAAAACGUUGCGAGUAGUGAACGGCUCCCUUUUUUUUUUCUUUUUCAUUUUCAAUCUGCAAACAGUGUCAUGAGAGAAAUCCAAAUUCGUAACAUUUCUUUAACUUUUUUCUUAAAUCCCUGUCAUUUUUUUUUUUUAGGGGGGUAGGCUUUUUGCCUGCAUAUCACGAACACUGGUUUAGGUUGUCUGAAAGAGUUUAUUAAACGGUUGUAACCUUGCAGUCUAGAGUAUUUAGAGCCAAUUCGGCGACUAGCGAGCUGACUCCAAUGCCGCUUCUGGAUCGCGGGAUUGUGCUCGUUGUUGACGUGCGAUGCUGGCCGAUCCCUUGGUUUGAGACGUCCCUCGACGGCAUGCUGAGCAGCGUAAUCCGCUCCUGUCGAUGCACAAUAGCCAAGGACUUCUCAUCUUGCUUUUCAAGAAGAAAAUGCGAGCCUUCGACAUUUUUCUUUUUUGAAUUCCUUCUCAUUUAUAUCGGGGUUGCGGGUGCAAAGCUCCAAUUGCCAUGUGUGUUACUCUGGUCGGCUCUCUCGUUUUUUGUUUUUUUUCGUAACAGCUUUUUCUUUUUCUUUUUUUGUUUAUUUUCGUUGUCUAGUCAUGCCCUUUGUACUUGAACGAGCUUUGGGGCAACCUCCCGCUCCCCUAUUUAUUGUCUCCACGUAACCGAGUUUGUCCGGAACACGGCGAAAGGCCGGCAACAGUGGUUUGCUCGCGUCCAAGAAGUCGCUUUAAAGGCGUUGGCGGAGCCACAAAUAUUUAUUUCUGCAUUUGAAGCUUUUUUAAAAAUUUUCUGUAUCGCUCAGAAGCAUUUGCACUUCCCACAGUUUUUUUCAGCCCUCAAUGCAACAUGCUUCAGGCAAUGAGAGAAAAAGAAAAAAGAAAGAAGCCCACAAAAGUUUGUUUUUAACAUUCCACCUAAUGUUUGGUUCAUAUUUCCAUCGAGCGCCUUAAAAUUCUUUGCGCCCUUUGGAACAAAGUACAUGCAUCGCAAUACUUUCUCGUGUUUUUGCACAGUGUAGUUGGACGUGCCGUAAAUAUGUCAAUCGAGAAAACCCCACCCUUUGGAGACUUGUUGCCUUUCUCAAGUUAACACGCUAACUUGAACACCUCUCGUAGUAACUACUAGUUGUCCGUCUGGGAGGAGUGCAGUUUCCUUAGGGGAAUAAAAUAUACUGAUUUAACGCCGUCGUUUUUUUUAGGCCCGUUUUUGUUUUUAUGAUCUUUGUUUGUCCUAGGAAUAAAUUCAUGUAACAGCAUUUGCACCUUGUCGGGAUGUUUGUAAAGCAACGUUUGGGAGUUUGGAUUUUUGGUUGUGAUGACUAAUUGCUGUUUUUUUUUUGCUGCGAUUUGAACCUUGCGGGGUUUUUUCCUUUUACCUUCCACUGUGCUUUUUGGAUGUUUUCGUGAGGCAGAGCUCCUUUUUUUACGAUCUGGUAUGUUUGCUCCCUGCUGUAUAUUGGUACUUGGGUACAAGCGAGUCAGUGAUUGUUAAUUGUUCUCAUCCUGUUUUUAAGCAUCUAUAUAUAUAUAUAAAUAUUAAGAUAUAGUCGAAGCUGCAGCUGAUGUUCUGUAUAUAAGAUCUAUCUUUUAAUAAAGCAAUUUAGCAGUUCA